UUCGCAAAUUAUUCGAAGUUUUUGAUCACGAUGAAAGGGGCCGAAGUGUUUCGUUUUUUUUUUGCUUUUGUUGCUCUUGCACUGGAUUUGCAUCGCAUUGAGUGUCUCGAUAAUGGUCUAUCGUUGACACCGCCAAUGGGGUGGAUGGCUUGGGAGCGAUUUCGAUGCAACACUGACUGCAAAAACUUUCCUGAUACCUGCAUAAGUGAAAAGUUAUUCAUGAACAUGGCUGACAGGAUGGCAGAAGAUGGUUUCAGAGAUGCGGGAUAUGAAUUCAUUAGUAUUGAUGAUUGUUGGAUGGAGAAGACACGGGACAGCAAAGGAAGACUUCAAGCAGAUAAAGAGAGAUUUCCCAGUGGAAUAAAGGCACUAGCUGAUUAUAUCCAUUCUAAGAAACUAAAGUUAGGAAUCUAUGCAGAUUAUGGAACACAUACAUGUGCUGGAUAUCCAGGUAGCAUAGACAACAUGGUAUUGGAUGCACAGACAUUUGCUAACUGGACUGUGGAUUAUUUAAAGUUUGAUGGAUGCUAUUCUGAUCCAAAGACAAUGUCAAGUGGUUAUCCUAAAAUGACGAAGGCCUUAAAUGCCACCAAGAGACCCAUUGUAUUCUCAUGUAGUUGGCCUGCAUAUUGGAAUCCUAAGCCAGAUUAUAUGGUUGUGGCAAAGUAUUGUAAUCUAUGGAGGAAUUAUAAUGACAUCCAGGACUCAUGGGACAGUGUUGUUGAUAUCAUUGAUUAUUAUGCUGCUAAUCAAGAGGAGCUUAUUAAAGCUGCUGGUCCAGGUCAUUGGAAUGAUCCAGAUGAGCUUAUAAUUGGAGACUUUUCGUUGAGUUUUGAACAGAGCAAGUCACAAUUUGCAAUUUGGUCUAUCAUGGCAUCUCCUUUAAUAAUGUCGAACGAUCUGCGCAGUCUCACCCCAAGAUUUAGAGACAUACUUUUAAACAAGGAAGUGAUUGCUGUAAACCAAGAUAAACUUGGAGUGCAAGGGAAACGUGUUUUUAAGUCUACGGAUCAUUAUGAAAUAUGGUGUAAGCCUUUAGCAGAUGAAUCAGUUGCCGUUGUUGUCUUCAGCCGCAGAACGGACAUGCCUUUAGAGAUUUCAUUUUCAUUUAAAACUGUUGGUUUUCCUGCAACUUCGGCAAGCGUUAGAGACCUCUUUGAAAAAAUGGAUGUUGGCGUAUUCAAUAAUGCAUUUCGGUGUUUGGUUAACCCUAAUGGCGUGCGCAUGUUCAAAUUGCUGCAAGUUGACGCGUUCUCGUGAGGCGUUUCACUUUGUAAUUGAUAAAUUCCAAUAAUAGACAUUAAGUAGAAUUUUAAAUGUCUGAAAAUUGUGCCUUAGUGAUAAACGUAAAGACGUUAACUAUUCUCACGUUACAAAUCCACAAUAAAUCUUGUCUGUCCAUAUUUAGGUAAUUUCAAUUAGGUAAUUAGCAAAUGUAAUAUGAUUCAAAAUUGAAAUAAAUGUUCGUAUCAAAACAAAA